AUGCCUGGUAAAAAAGGAAAAGGAAAAAAAGGCUUGAAAGGGAAAAAGAAAAAGGGAUCCCGUAAAGCUGGUGGGGGAGGUGGAGGUGGAGGAGGUGGUGGAGGUGGAAGUCGUAGUGCGAAAGGUCGAUGUAAUGUUGAUGUCUUCUCGGAGGCCGCAAUGGAAAAUGCUUAUUACACAUGCCAUAAUGUACAAGAUUGUUUAAAAAUACGUGGAUUUCCUUGGCCUGAAGCAGCCAAAAAGAAGAAGGGCAAAAAAGGGAAAGGCAAGAAAUAA